UUGAUUAUUUUUCUUUUCAGUGGACAAUUUGCGGUGGUGAGGAAAGUUGUGAAAAAGGCCACCGGAGAAGAAUUUGCAGCAAAAUUUAUCAAGAAACGACGAUAUGCGACAUCAAGGCGGGGGGUCACCAGGGCGAAUAUCGAACGGGAGGUGUCCGUAUUGCGUACUGUGGGUGGUCAUAGCAAUGUGAUCGAACUGCACGAAGUCUAUGAAACUCCAAGCGACGUUAUUCUAGUGCUUGAGCUGGUAUCUGGCGGUGAAUUAUUUGAUCAUGUGUGUGCUAGAGAAUGUUUGGAUGAAGUGGAAGCAGCAGCAUUCAUUCGUCAGAUUCUACUCGGCAUAAAACACCUUCACAGCCUUCACAUUGUUCAUCUCGACAUCAAGCCCGAGAAUGUAAUGCUGAAGAAACGGGGUGAUUCCCAAGUGAAACUGAUUGACUUCGGUCUUUCGCGAUUGAUACCACCCGGUCACACCGUCAAGGAUAUGGUCGGCACUCCGGAGUUUGUUGCUCCUGAAGUGGUCAAUUAUGAGCCCUUGAGUCCCGCGACAGACAUGUGGGCAUUGGGAGUUGUCACCUACAUCCUGCUCUCAGGUGGAAGCCCAUUUCUGGGUGAUACUAGGGACGAGACUUUUUGCAAUAUUACUGGAGUGAAUUAUCACUUUACUGAUAGGUAA